GAAAAAAUCAGAACUUUCGCGGUAUUCAAAGUUGCAAAUGCAAAGUGAAGUGAGUUUAGCGAGAAGAAAGUGUCUUAUUUAGUGUAUUAAGAGAUAUCUCAACGCCCUGAGAUUUAAGAUUCCAGUUUGGCAAAGGGAAUUAUUCUCAAAGCGAGUUGCAGCAACAUUUCAGGUACGGGUAAACAUGUAAGGUGCUUGGUUCAGCCGCCAUGACGCACCCGGCGACCAAGUUUGGCUUUAUUUUCUGCAAAUACGAGUUUUAAGUGUGAUGAAGUAAUUAUGGUAUUCUAUGUACAUUGCAGCUGCACCAAAGUAGGGAAUAUACCCGGCCAAAUUGGAAAUACUUAGUUCACGAUUCGUGGGCAUUCUCGGUCCGCCGCCCGAGACAAGGGAGUAAAAAGUUUACUCGUACAACAAAACGACUGACCGGGUGAGUUUGUUGCCGAUGAUCUAUGUAUUUUAUCGAAAACAUUUGACAUAAAAACAUCAAAGGAUUGCGUCGAAGAAAGCAAAUGGAUGUACGGCAGUGCCUCCGCCAAGAAGUAUAACUACCUACUUUUAAAAUUUUAUUGAAAAUAUAAACUUGAUAUAGACUAAUAAUUAUUUAUAAAUGAAACUGUAGUGUAGUGCAAUUAGCCAAUUGUUUUAAUUAUUUUCAGCCGUCACCAUGGCAAGCUUAUACAGCCGAGUAAAGUUGCGCCAUGAGCGACUAACAAAAGUUACUGCGGACUCCGAAGCCCUCUUGCAACAACUUCAGGCUAAUGGAGCCGUUAGUGAAGACCAGUUCACAGGACUCCAUAUAAAAUUACGACAGUGCUUGGACAGCUUCGAAAGAGAGAUCUUUCAGUACCUAAGGGUUGUACCGGAGGCGGACAUAGUUGGCAUGACCGAGGACCAGCUCAAGGCCGAAGACAUAUUGACAGACCUAGAAACGGCAUGCCAACUCAACAAAAGGCGAAAUGAGUCAGUCAACAAGUCGAAGUUGCCAGAACUGAGCCUACCUUCCUUCUCCGGUGACCACUUAAAGUGGUGCGAAUUUUGGGACCGAUUUGUUGCUAACGUGGAUCAGAGAAAUUUACAGGAAUCUGAAAAGCUUAUGUACCUCCUGAGCUGCCUGAAAGAUUCAGCGUUAGAGACCGUAUCCGGAUUAGCUGCAACCAACGCAAACUAUUCUGUUGCCGUUGAAACCCUAAAGAAACGGUACGGCUCAACACACACCCUCAUUGAUGCUCAUUAUUCAGCCCUUAACAGCCUCCGGAAGGCAGAUUCUACUAGCGCGAGUUGCCGGAGCGUGCUGGAUAAUAUAGAGCACAACAUCCGUGUGUUAGAAAAGCUCGGAGAGCCGAUUGGAGGGAACCAUCUGAGAUCCCUGGUAUUAUCAAAGUUUCCAGAGAAGGUCAUCCACGAACAUCAUCUGAUAGGAGGAGGUACUGAUUUGUCAGCCAUACGAAGUAGCUUAGACAGGAUUAUAACAGCUAUGGAGAAAUCCGCCUCUUCGGUGGGUGACACUGAGUUCAUUGCCGUACCAGGUACUACGACUGAAGCACUGCAAGUCCGUACUGAAGUCAGACCAUCAAGUAGCCGUAAACGAAAACAUCCAGGAAACACUGGUGCACAACCUCCGAAGAAGGCACUAAGAUCAUGCUUGUUCUGCCAGGGGAAAGGACAUGCAAGCAGGGACUGCCGUAAAUACACCACAGUAGAAGCCAGGCAAAAACAAGUGAAGGGAAGGUGCUUGCACUGCCUCCGACGCAAUCAUGCAGCAUCAUCCUGCAAACGCAAGAUUGCUUGCUUCCGCUGUAAAGGAGAUCACCUGAUCUUAUUCUGUCCCAACCCAGCUCCCGUUGACCGCAGUGGCAACCCUUCAAAACCCGCUAACUAGGAAGGCCAUCAGAGGAAGAGUCUUUUUGGAUAGUGGAAGCCAACGUAGUUAUAUUACCCGAGCGACUGCAAAAAGGUUAAACCUGCCAACCAAUGAAAAGGAUCUUCUGCUCAUUUUCACCUUUGGAGCCUCUGAACCUCAGCAGACGUCAUCCCCUUCAACUACAGUCAGCAUACAGACAAAACGUGAUAUCACCAAACAGUUUACUGUGAAUGUAGUACCCAGGAUAACAGACAGAGUACCAGUGACAUCAUUUGA